GCUUCAUUGACGCCUUCGAGCUUGAAUUGGAGGAACCUUUAAAUGUGAACAAUGUUUCGUCACCAUCUUUAGACAAAUCAUCUUUCGAUGAGAACAGAACUAUCACAACACUAAAAGACAGCCAAUUUGACUUCUCAAACUCAGCCUUAACCAAAUAAUACGCCAUGACCAUCUCUACAAACACUUCCGCUCCUCUUAUCGCUGUGGUUGGCUCCACUGGGCUCCAAGGAGGCAGCGUGAUCAAUAAUUUGGCCGCGGCGGAACUUCCAUAUCGUAUCCGAGGUUUGACAAGAGAUGCAACGAAGCCCAAGGCGAAAGCUCUUGCCGAUCAAGGAGUCGAGGUGGUCUCUUGCAACCUUAGUGCGGACAACAAAGAUGGAAUUCGGAAGGCCUUCGCCGGCGCGACAUAUGUAUUCAUCAUGACCAAUUUCUGGGAACAUAUGGAUGAGCGCCGGGAGACGGCUGAAGGAAAAGCCAUGGUUGAGGCAGCCAAGAACAUCGGCGUUAAAUUACUCCUGAUCUCCUCAGAGACUAACGCGACCCAGGUUUCGGGAGGCAAACUUACCAAGGUUUAUCACUUUGAUUCCAAGGCAUCCAUCUCUGACCAUGCACGGAUGCUUGGAGUCCCAUUCGUCGACAUAUACGCUGGUGGCUAUAUGAACAACUUUACUACUUUCUGCCGGCCGCGUCCCGUCGGAGAUGGUACCUAUGUCGUCGAUGGCGUCUGGUCCGAAGAUACCCUGAUGCCGCUCCUUGAUACCUACUACGAUUUCGGUCUUUUUGUCCGACUAGCGAUCGAGUCAGAUGAGUUCAAUCAGGGGGACGGCAAGGUGGUGUCGGCGCAUGGGGAAUGGCUCAAUAUUGUGCAACAGAUCGACAUUCUCAGUCAAGUGACGGGUAAGAAAAUCUCAUACAAUAAAAUCAGCGACGAGCAAAGCCGAGAAGGCAUGACAAAGGCGGGAUUACCAGCUCACGCUAUCGACGACAUGAGCGACAUGUUCAAAUUCCAUGGGAUCUGGGAAUCUGUCUAUACUCAUAGCAAUCGGGAGAACCUGGCGCGCCAGCCGCGCACAUUCAAAGAGUAUUGCGAAAAUGAAGAUUGGAGCCAGGUCUUUGUCUAAUUUACAGAUAAAUAACAAGAAAUGCCAGAGUCUCAAUGUGGGAUCAAGACUAUCACUUUGUAUUAGUAGCUGUUUGGAAUUGAUCUACUCUUCGCAAGUAUAUAGGCCAGUGCUGUACUUGGCUCGGC